AUGGACCCCUCUAAUGCUAGAUCAGGGGCCCUGGGGACUGGGUUGGAGCCACCCGCUCAAGACGAGUCUGAGAUGGGUGAGCGGUACCUCCCGUUCGACAAGACCUGUGGCCUCUGGAAAGACUGCCAGGCGCACUUUUGGCGCUUCGUCAAAAACCAAACUCACAAGCUUCCAAAUUGUCCCAAAUCCAUCGCCAUUUUGGCUCCGGCCGUUGCCAGAGACUACCCCAUCACACAUAUGAUCCUGGCCCGGAGUACGCGCGUCAACUCCUCGCAUAGCAAGGCAUGA